CCGGCGUGGGGCCCGGACUCGGGGAAUGUCCCGGGCCGGGCUCGCUGAGACCAGCGGUGUGCUCUGUCCGGGUCGGCUGGUGUCUGCAGGGCCUGAGGCUCGCCGCGUUCCGAAAUGGCCGAGCAGUCGGACAAGGCCGUGAAGUACUACACCCUGGAAGAGAUCCAGAAGCACAACCACAGCAAGAGCACCUGGCUGAUCCUGCAUCACAAGGUGUACGAUUUGACCAAGUUUUUGGAGGAGCAUCCUGGUGGGGAAGAAGUCUUAAGGGAACAAGCUGGAGGUGAUGCUACUGAAAACUUUGAAGAUGUCGGGCAUUCUACAGAUGCUAGAGAGUUGUCCAAAACAUUUAUCAUUGGGGAACUUCAUCCAGAUGACAGAUCAAAGAUAACCCGGCCUGCGGAAACUCUUAUCACUACUGUUGAUUCUGAUUCCAGCUGGUGGACCAACUGGGUGAUCCCAGCCAUCUCAGCACUGGUCGUAGCCCUCAUGUAUCGCAUCUACAUGGUGGAAGACUAAAUGCGUUCUCAGAAGCCAAUGAAAAAAAAGACUGCUUUGGACCAGGGAGAAAGAAGCCCACAUUAACUGCUUCAACUGACAGAAAACUUCACCUGAAAAAUAAUUUUAAUACACCUGUUUGCCUUUCCUCCUACAUUAGAAAUAAAACAAACCAGAAAGAACUGUCCUAUCCUUUCUA